CUACCGCGCCGGCGCAAAGAGAGAGCGCCCCCAGCGCUGGGGCUCCUCCUUCUCUUUCGGCGGGCCCCCCGUGGCGCUCGCGUACAGUGGCGCCUGCUUUGCACGCGGCAGACUAGAGGGGCCGGCGUCCGGGUGAAAACAAAGGCCGGGCAGCCAGGCGCCCCCCGCGCCCCAAGCAAGGCGAGCGAGAUAGGGGGGGAAGCAAUCGCCAGAGGCCACCCGAUCAAACAUUACGCGGCGCGUGGCGCCAGCCGCCCUGCCCCCGGCUCCAUCCUUCUCGCUGGGCCGGCCGCGAACGCGGCGGCCCUUUCUCAUUCGGGCCGCCAGCGCAAUCAGCCGAGGGCCCGGCACGCCGGCCCCUUGUUUGUGGGAAGUGUGUCCGUGCUGUUAUUUCGGACAGACGCCGCAGGGCAAUGCCUUCGUGGGUGCUUAUAAAUAGGCGGGCGCGCCUUUGUCGGCCUGCCGCUGUAGCUUGAGAGGGGCGGCCGAGCGGCGCCCCUCCCCCUUGGGAUUUAUUUCAAGCCGACGCAGGGGGCGCGCGCUUGGCCCCUUCUUUCGGGCGGGGUUGUGGCCCGCCUUGCCUGGGCAUUGGCAUGCAGCCCCAGCGCGCGAAAUCGGGUUGCCCUUGUGCAGUGUUGCGCCCUAUGGGUCAGCGCUACGGCGCACGCGAGACGAUUCGCCUGGCGCCUGUAUUCUAUCUUACGGAUGCCGACCGCCUUGCUGAAGGUAGGACUUUCGCCGGCGGAGAUUAUUGCAGCAAGCGGCGCGCGUUAUCUGUCCGUGGGCACUCGACUGGCACGGAGCGCCCACCAUUGCCGCGCCUGGCCUUGGCGCCGGCUUGGGUGUAGCGGCUCGCCGGCCGGGGGUGCUGCCUGCGUGCCGGUGGGCCUUGGCGCUUCGUCUUCCUUCGACCGCACCCGGUGGCGCGGUAUGCGCCGCCGCUAGCCGCGGCCUCGCCUGUUAGCCAAAGACUUUCGGCAUGAAUCGACUGCGCCGGGCCGGCGGCCCGAGGGAGAACAUCGCCACCCUGAUGGAUGGGCCCAAAACCGGGCAGCGUCAAAGAAG